AGAAAAUAUCACACUAUAAGCCAAAAAAGAAAGAAAGAAGACAUGGGUUCCAAUUCUUCAGAGAAAGAGAACCCUGCCUCACAAAAAGAUGACACUGAUACCCUCUAUGCCAUGGUACUUGGUGCCAAUAUGGUGUUUCCUGCUGCCCUUAACGCUGCAAUUGAACUCAACCUAUUUGAGAUCAUUGCUAAGGGAAGUUCACCAAAUAGUGAUGGAUUCAUGUUAGCUUCUGAAAUUGCUUCAAAGCUACCAAACCAACACUCAGACUUGCCAAAUAGGCUUGAUCGUAUGCUGCGUUUACUUGUCAGCUACUCUCUUCUCUCUAUUUCCACUCGCACCAAUGACGAUGGUAGCAUUGAGAGAGUUUAUGGACUCUCACCAUCUGGAAAAUAUUUCGUCUAUGAUGAAAAUAGUGAUGGUUAUCUCUCUUCAUUCACUUCAUUUCUCUGUCACCGUGCUUUGUUAGGAGUAUGGCUGAAUUUUAAGGAAGCAGUUGUUGAUCCUGAGAUUGACCUAUUCAAGAAAGUUCAUGGAAUAUCAAAGUACGAGUUCUUCGGGAAAGAUCCACAGAUAAACCAAGUAUUUAACCAAUCAAUGACUGAUAUAUGCUCAACCCAUAUGAAGAGAAUACUUGAAAUAUACACAGGCUAUGAGGGAAUAUCAACUUUGGUUGAUGUUGGAGGUGGAAAUGGACAGUGUCUUAAAAUGAUCAUCUCCAAAUACCCUUCAAUUAAGGCCAUUAAUUUUGACCUCCCGCAAGUCAUUGAAAAUGCACCACCUAUUCCGGGGAUUGAGCAUGUUGGAGGAAGUAUGUUUGAAAGUGUUCCACAUGGUGAUGCCAUAAUACUAAAGGCUGUAUGCCAUAAUUGGUCGGAUGACAAAUGCUUGGAAAUUUUAAGCAAUUGUCACAAAGCUUUGCCACCAAACGGGAAGGUCAUUGUUGUGGAGCUCGUGCUGCCAGAAAAUCCAGAACCAACAGAUGCAUCCAAAAUGAUUUCAAUUCUUGAUAACAUCAUGUUCAUUACAGCUGGUGGAAGGGAAAGAACUGAAAAACAAUAUGAGAGUUUGGGAAAACGCUCUGGAUUUUCAAAGUUUCAAGUUGUUUGUCGCGCUUUCUCUAUUUUGGGAGUGAUGGAGUUCCACAAAUAAGUAAAUCAUAUCGCCAUAUCGGUACCAAUUUGGCAUUUCAUUGUAGAGUAUUGGUACUUAAAUUACACAUUAUUUUCUUAUAUCAUUCUUACACCACUUUUAACAAACAAACAAACAAAAAAAAUUCAUACGUAUUUUCUUUAUCUUUUAUUUUUAUUUUUAAUAAAUAAGGUGUAAGUAUGAUAUGAUAUUUCAUGUGUAAGUACCAUGCAUAUCUUUGGAUAUUGCCAAGUUGUCGAAGUCAAAUAAAUAGAAGAAAAGCGCCUUAAGCCAUCUUAGGGUUGCGAAUAGUUUGUCAAAUUUUCUAUUUGGAUGUGAUGUAAUGUGUUUUGCGUACUUGUGUAAUUUGGCACUGGAUGUGAUGUUAUAACA